UCGGUCACAUGUGGUAAAGGAAAUGGAGGUCAGUCUAACUACUCGUUCGGUAACUCCAUGUGUGAACGUAUUUGCGAACAAAGACGAAGAGAUGGUUUACACGGACUGGCCAUACAGUACGGACCGGUCGGUGAUGUGGGAGUGUUUGAAGGAAGUGACCAAAUGUUACAAUUCGCGUCGUUUAGGAAACAGCGAAUCAACUCGUGUUGCGAUGUUUUGGACAAAUUGUUAACAAUUAAACAGCCGAUCGUUACAUCAUAUGUUAAAGUAGACCAAACUAAAGGUGAAUCGGGUGGCCGACAAAAGCGAAUGAUCAAGGAACUAUGGCGAGCACUGGGCAUUGAUCCGGACAACACCCCCAACAACCUAACUCUGGGUGAGAUCGGCAUCGAGUCUAUGUUUGCCGUAGAGUUACAGCAGGAACUGGAGAGGGAGUGGAAUAUGAAAGUGACUCUCAAUCAGGUCAAGAGUAUUACGAUCGGUAUGUUAAAGGACUACGAGGCCGGCAGAAUUGGCGAAAUCAAGAAGCACCUGGAUGAUGUUAAACGCGCCAGGGCUAACUUACUCAAAAUGAAAUUCUUGAUUUCCACCGAAACGCAUACCCGACUGAAUAGCGUGCAGAAAGGCGUCCCCGUUUACAUCCUGCCGCCCAUUGAGGUCAACUUCGCCGGCAUGGAGGAGCUUGCUCAAAAGAUUAACCGACCCGUGAUCGGACUUAACUGGACCCGGGAGGUGAGCCAACUGACCUCGCUCAAAGAGGUUAGCGAGUAUUACGUCAAGUUGCUAAAGAGACUGGAGCCUAAAGGGCCGUACGAUGUGUUGGGGUAUUUCGAUGGCGCCAUCAUUUGCUCGAAACUGUUGCGCAAACAAAUGGUCGCCAAAGCGGUUAUCGUUGACGUCAUUAACGACUCCCGUUUCCGGGAGGACUGUCACUCCGAUGAUGACUUGCUGGAGAUGUUGCUACUAUUCAUGUCGAAAGAGAUACCAGGCUCAUUUAAGGAAAAAAUACAGCGCGAGAUUAAAAAGGAACCGGAUAUGAAGGCCAAAGUGAAGUUCAUUAUCAAUGAGAUCGUGGACUUCGCCGGCAAAGGACUGGUGGCCACAGAUAUGGAGGAAAUGUUUCACAUAAUGAUAGCCCGGAUUCGUAUGCUAUCGGAGUAUAGACUCAAUAAACGCAAGAAGUUUUCAAAUCGACUGAAACUCGCGAUCGCAAAGAAAUGGGCGAAAAAGACCGGGAAAUUGGUUUUCAUUAAACCGUUUCGUUUUGAUUCGGUAGAAGAUAUCGAAGGUUUUAUGGAUAUGUCCAGGGACAUGUAUUUCCUGCCCGCAAACGAUGACAACAAUGAAAAUAUACUGCUAGAACCAAUCGACAAUGGGACCCAAUAUGAUAUGGCGGCCACCAUUAUAACCGAUAAGAUUGUGGAUGCCUUCAAAUAA